AGCCCGCUGGGGCCAGGGGACAGAGCAGGCCCUGGGGCGGUGGAGCCCGAGACCCAGGGUUCCAGGGAAAGGGGCAGAGUCCGGCUCAGCUCAUAAACAGAGCUGAUAGGACAGGGCUGGACGGGGGAGGGCAAGGACUGGGAGCCAGGGCGUUGGCAUGGGGGUCAGGGGGUAAGCUCUGUGCUCAGAGGAAGCCCCCACCCGGCCCCCAUGGCUUUCCUGGUGGCUGGGACCCUGCAGGUGGCCUCACAGAUCGCAGAUGCUCGAGAGAGCCUGGGAAGAAAGGGGAAGUACAGCAUGCGGGGCCCAAGGGUGGCCCUGACCCUCAGCAGCCCUGAGGUGUCAGCCUCUGUAGUCGCUGUCCUGGAGGGCGUGUUCCGGACCCUGGGCUUUGAGAGCUGCCAGAGGAGGGAGGCUUCUGUCCAGGGCUUCCUUGGGGAGCUGGCCGCUUUCCGGGAGCAGCUGGAUGCCCUCGGGGGCCCUGUGGGCUGUGCCUUAGUGGCCUUGGUGGCCCCCAGGGGGCAGCUGAAGCAGCCCCAGCAGCUGGUCCGGGAGCUGAGCCGCUGUGGGGCCCUCUGGGGCCGCCCCAAAGUUUUCCUUCUGCUCUCAAGUGCUCCUGGGGCUGCCCCCGAGCCCGGAGCCUUCCUCACUGGCUUGAGCGAGCUGUGUGGCCGCUUUCCUCACUGGUCUCUGCUGCAGCUGCUGACAGAGGUCUUCUGCAGGACAGCUGAAGAGUCCGAGGCCACCUACUGUCCAGUCCUUCGGAGCUCCUUGCGGGGCGCACUGUGCCUGGGCGACGUGGAGCCCUGGGGGCCCGGGCCAGAACCCAGCCCCACUGCUCGGUAUGACCUGUCUGGGACCAGGGCCGCCCUCCUCCUGUCCGUGAUCCACGGCCGGCCCGGGGCCCAGCACGAUGUGGAGGCGCUGGGGGCCCUGUGCCAGGCCCUGAGCUUCAAGACCACGCUAAGGACAGACCCCACGGCCCAGGCCUUCCAGGAGGAGCUGGCCCAGUUCCGGGAGUGCCUAGACGCCCACAGGGCCCCAGUGAGCUGUGCCCUUGUGGCCCUGAUGGCCCACGGGGGGCCACAGGGACAGCUGCUGGGGGCCGACGGGCGGGAGGUACGGCCAGAGGCCCUGGUGCAGGAGCUGAGCCGCUGCAGGGCCCUGUGCGGCUGCCCCAAGAUCUUUCUGCUUCAGGUUUGCCGUGGGGGUGAGUGGGGUCCUAACCCCCACCUGCCUCCUCCCGUCCUAGCUUCCCACACCCAGCCCUCGGCGACCCAGGACUUGCUGUCCACCUUCUUCAGGAAGCCUGAGCGCUGGUGCUUUACCUGUCCCAUCUCCGGGUCUCUCCGGGCCUCUCCUAGAAGUCAAGUCCACCAACUUGAGCACUUCACCCUCAGCUCUCGUUGUUCACUGCUCUGGAUUUUCUACUCUCAUGGGGCUGCCCUGGAGUUCUGGGGGGUGGGCUAUGGGCCCCUGGAGACCCCCCCCAGGUGUCUGCUCAGUGAAAGGGCCUGUGUGUCCCCUCCUCUUCCAGGGCAUAGGGACGCCGGUGUGGGCUCCGCAGGUCUCCCUUGGUUCCGGCGCUGGCUGCGGGCAUCACCCACCACCCCCUCGCAUGCCGAUGUCCUCCAGAUCUAUGCUGAUGUCCAAGGCAGCUCUCCCUUCCCCACUGCAGGGAGCUCUGACCAAGCAGACAUCCUGACGGUCUACGCAGCUGCCGAGGGCUGUGUAGCCUAUCGGGAUGAGACAGGCUCAGACUUUAUCCAGACGCUGGUGGAGGUCUUCAGAGCUGACCCUGGGAGAGAAGUUCUGGAGCUGUUGACUGAGGUCAACCGGCGGGUGUGUCAACUGGAGGUGCUGGGUCCCGACUGCCCGGAGCGCCGCAAGGCCUGCCUGGAGAUCCGCAGCUCGCUGAGGCGCCGGCUCUGCCUGCAGGCCUGACCGCGCGCCGCUGCCCCGGGGGUGCGGCCGGUGGGAGCCACAGCCCCGCGCCGCCGCGGACUCCACCCGCGGCCCCCCGUUCCUCAUCUGUCAGUGGGGGCGACAGCCCGGGCGGGGGCUCGGCCGGCGUCUGUGCAUGACCGAGAAUGCGUCCGCUCGCAGGGAGGCGGGGCAGCGGGAGACUGCAGGCAGGGUGCUCGGCACCCAGUAAGGGUGCAUCUGUGCUCCCGGGAGCCAAGCUGGGCCCUCCUUCCUGCGGGCGGAGGGGCUGAGGAGCCCAGCACGGGCCAGGCUGGGCUGGAUGUUCCGAGCAGGGGCAGCCGGGGCCCACGUCGCGGUCUCAGCUCCCGCACCCCGGCGGCGCCCCGCGCCGGGGCCGCGGAAAUGCAGGAGACGCGGUCAGAGUCUAGUCUGGAGCCAUGACACUCUGGACCGAGCCUUGCAGGUGGAUCGGUACUGUGAAUGAGGGGAAACAGGGCCUGGGGAGCGCUGGGCAGCUCCCGACUCAACGCGCUCCGGGGCCACGCGGGGGAAGAGCUCCAAAGGCGCCUGUUAGGGCAGGAAGGGCCUGCGCGGCCUCACCGGGGCUCGAACUCGUAAGCACAAGUCAGCGAGGGCGGUUCUCGCGGAGCCGCCUGGGCUCCUCUCGGCGCCGGGCUCCGGCUCCGCCCACAUAGAGUCCGAAGAGGCGGAGCUCCUUGCCAGUAGGAGCAUGCGUAUUGCGGUACAACACGCAGGCGCCUGAAUCAGCUUUAUGAGAAACGCGGUGGGAGCGCCAUCGGCGGGGCCGCGUGGCCUAAUGGAUAAGGCGUCUGAUUCCGGAUCAGAAGAUUGAGGGUUCGAGUCCCUUCGUGGUCGCUGCGCAGCUUGUUUUUCUCCCUCCGCUUUGCCUUUUCCCUCGGUCGGGACUGCGCCCUCCGCGAAACGCUAGGUCGCCUGGGCGCUGCCCCGCCCGCUGCCCCGCCCUCCGGCACCUCGGCGGCCGCCGCGCGCCUGCAAGGGCGGAGCUCAGGAGCCAGCGCCUGGUCCGCACGCCCGCGCCCCCGAGGAGCUGCGAGGCCCACCGGUGGCCGGAACCUGAAGCCACCGGCCGCGAGUCCCGGGGCCCACUAGGGACUGGUUGCACGAAUACAGUCCUGAGGACCAGAGCUGUAACAGAU